AAUGCAUUGCGUUCCAAGAUGGAAGUCGUUUGCCCAACCCGCGGGUUAAAUGCUCGAAAAUAACCAUAGAUUCAACACAGUGUGUGAUAACAGUCAACAAUGGCUUCAAAGAACAGCAGUCCACGGUCGGAUUCCCCUGCGGAUAUAGAUUUCUCUGUGAUACGCACGUCUAUUCAGAUGGAUCACCCGAUGAUAGACCAGAUCCUACAGGGUAUCCACUAUGGAUCUGCAGAGGCCAGAUCGCUACUACAGGACGAAUGUGAUUACAUUCUCGAAUGCAAGGUUUGCCGAAACAUGUUCAGAAGUUUUCCAAACUUUGUCGCCCACAAGCGUGUGUACUGCACAGAAACAUUUGCGGAAAGACGACAGGCAGAGGCAUUGAAUUCUUCCCCAGAGAAUAGUGAAACUAUUGUUGUGCAACCAGAAGCACCAAGUUCAAGCUUUUCUGCAUCUCAGGGCACAUCGACAAUCUCCUCAACACUGACCCAGGUAGUGAACAACACAUUCCAGGGCAAGUCGAAAGCCUACCAGUUGUACACCAAGGCAGCAGAAAUAAUGGAAAGACAGAGGGCAACCAAGGUUACCACAACAGUGGCCUUGACAACGAUUCCUACCAAUAAAAAUGCAGUAAUUGUAUCUCAAAGCGAAGGUGACCAAUCGGAAGAGAUUUUAAGGAAUUAUCAUGAAAAGCAGAAAGCGGACAGAGAGAGGGCUCGAGAAUUGCAAUUAUCUAGGAAGGCAAAGUCUUCUAUCUCUGGUGUAUGUGCUUACUUGGCCCAGCAGAAGCCCACUGAAACAGCUCCCGCAGUUGCACAAGUUGUUGUUAGCUCCAAGCGGUUGGAAAAUCGUGCCAGAAAGUCAUCCCCAAGAAAAUCUGUUGAUUACCUGACUGAAAGUUUGAAAGAAACUUCGAGUAAUACAGUUAAGGCCGUUAGAACGAUCCAGCCAGAAAACGAUGAAGAUCUUAGGGAAUGGAUUGAUGUGGGGUCUAAAGCAGCUUCUGAGAAAAACAAAACAAAAGUUUCACCUGAAAAAAGCCCAGAGAAACUGAAAACAAAUACAGAUGUUUCAAAGCCUGUAGUUGCUCGGGAAAGAGAUAAAAGUUCUGGUAAAUUUCUACCAUACUCAACAGGUUAUAAAAAGUGUGACAGAUGUGCUAAGGUGUUCUGGAAAGCGAAGAGUUACUCAAGACAUUAUAGCUCUUGCAAAAAGUCACUUCAAAAGAAAGCUGAGGUUAUCAGUAAACCUCAGCCAAUGGAUGAUUCACAUUCAAAUACUUCAAUCACUCCAGACAAUAGCAAGACAAGAAUUUUUACUAAUGCUUCAGUUAGUGUUAGCCAGCAAAUUUCUCCAGUUAAAACAAUCUCUAGAAAACCUGGUAGAUCAUAUGAUGGAAGGGGGCCUGAGAUGAUUGUGGUAGGGCCAAAAGGAGAAAUUCUCAUGCGAACACCAAAUACAGAAUUAAUUAAAUUACAAGAAAAAUUACGUGCAAAGGCAAUUUGGACCAGUACUAGUCAGGAGAUAAAACCCUCAAACAAAUUGCCAGAGAAAGAACCUUUGCAUAAAGGAUGUGUAGAAAAUCCAGAACCACAACCAGAGACUAAUCUGACACCUAGCGAGAAAAGUUCAAAUCUUUACAAAGCUCUUACUAAACCAGCAACACGAUUAAUGAAAGUUGUUAAUGUAAGAAGAAGCGAAAUGCACAAAGAAGCUCAGAAUGCUAGUGAAAUCCAGGGACCUGCACCUACCUCUCAAGACACUGAUGAAGAAAGUAGCAACAACCAUGGCAAUAAUUUAGAAGAGAUCAGAAAGCUACAAGAAAAAUUAACUCGUCAGGCAGGGUUGAAGGAAUCUGGUAAACCUUCUCCAGAUUGCGAAGAAAGAAGAACUUACAGUUUAAGGACUGGCACUCAGACUAAAGUUACUGACUUCUAUGCACAAGGUUCUGAAUCCAAGGCAAAAGAGAGCAAACCAAUCCAACAGUUCACAGAAAUGAAACAAGGGGGUCAGAAAAACUCAAGUCAGGAGCUAUUAGCGCUAGAGGAAAAGUUAACAAAUAAAAUUCGAAAUGCAUCUGGUGAUGCUGAAGUGAAAUCUUUGGAAGAUAAUAAAGUAAAGGAUAAACAUGCUCGAUCAAAGUCUUUUGAAAUCUCUGGAAAUAUUGGGUUAAUGGAAAAGAAGCGGCAUGGUAGCGAAAAGCUUGUUAGUAUGCAAACGGCAAGCCAAAGUUCAGAAUUAAGAAGUAGCAGCUCCCAGUCCGAUAGUGAAAGUCGCAAGAGCGCUGUAAGCACUUGUUAUAGGGCUCCUAAAAAACUUUCCUCUCUGCAUGCAAUGGUGCAGAAAUCUCUGGAACAGCGCAGGCAUUCCUUACCUACAUCACCUACCCCCUCUAUACAGUCCAACUCCGGUGAUGGCUUGAACAAGAAAUGUAUGAUGACAGUCAAAGAGAUGGCUGAGCUAGUGGAAUGUGCAAGUUUGACCAAGUUUGCAAAGGAGCGAAAGAAAAGAGCAAGGAAUUUUCUUACAAAGAAGCAGUCCAAAGAUGCUCUUAGUGUUACAGCUUCUUUCUCGAAAAGGCACAUGAAACGUAGGCAGAAGCAGAAGCAAACCUUUGUUGUAAGAAAUCAAACAGAUACAAGAAAUCAACAUCAAGAAGUCCUUUCUGGGGAAAUUUCUUAUGCCCAGAAAACAACUUCAGAUACAAACACCAAAGUUCAAUGUUUGUCAAAGGAGAUGAAAGGACUUCAGAAUUCUGCUGGUUUUGUUGAAGAUAAGUAUUACAAGUCCAAGGCUGGCACUAAAGAGAGAGAGACACACCAAAAGCCAAACACAUCAGUUAUUCUGAGCAGUAAACGAUCUGAGACUUUGUCAAAAGACAAAACACCUGAAAGUAGAGAUUCUGGUUCCUCAAAUGUACAACACUUGGAUGAAAAUGCUAGUUCAUCCAGAGAUUCAUCUAAAGAAAGAAAUAAAGAACUUUGGCAAAUGCGUGAAAUGAAACGGCUUGAGAAUUCGGUUGGUUUUGUGGGACCACGGUUCUAUGGCUCCUCUAGAGAUUCUUCCCGCGAAAGACUCGGUGACUCAGGCUUGGAUAAAUCUGCCAAAUUACCAAGAGAGAUGAAACUCUUGCAGAACUCUGAUGGUUUUGUUGCAAAGAACACUAGUCAAUUGCUAUUAAAGGAAACAGAGAAUUCAACAGAUGGAAUUGUUGAGGUAACAAGACAGUCACGUGACAGGAAACGACAGGAGUUGAACCCUAGUGUCAACAAUAGAGUUAGAAGUAGCUCAAAUUCUUCUUGUGAGUCAUUAACAAGGUCUAAAAAGGUUGCAUGUGACAAGGAAACAAGUUAUGCGGAGAAUGUUAAAGGCAAUCUGGUAAAAUCAUCCAGUUCAGUUGAAAGAAAAGAAAGCAUAAAUCAGGAUAAAUCAUCAACUAAGGAAAAUGAAAAAAAAAAUGCAGACAAGGUAGUAGAUAUUAAUCCAAAUUAUUCUAACAAGGGAACUGAAAGUGACACAGUUUCUUGUUCAGUCAGAGACCAAUCUGAUAAAUCAGCCAGCCAGCAUAGGACUCGACUGUCUACUGGAAGUAUAUUCUUUGACUCAGAGCUUUUAAAGCUUAGUCCAAGUAAACUUGAAAAGAAAAUUGCUUCUGUCAGUCAGAAAGAAAAGUUGUUGAAAGAAACCAAUCAACAGACUGCAACUGUAGUGAAGAAACUAAACCUCUCUCCCAGAAAAACCAAAGUGGUGAAAGAGACAAUACAUCAAUAUGGCUUUUACCCACUCUCUACUGGGUUAAAGCAAUGUCCUAAUUGUCAUCAGAGAUUCUGGAAAAAGAAAACCUAUGAUUACCAUGUACGCAGAGAGUGCAAACUUCGUGAAAAAGUUAACACUGCAAAGAAACGUAAGUUGUCACUGACCCCUCCCUCUAAAGCCAGAGAAUCAGUCAACAAUACUGACACACUUCAAAUAAAUCAAAGUCAAAAGAAAGCAAGGAUUCAAAUGCCAUGCUCUUCUGAUAUCAGGGAUUUAGUCAACACUAUGUACGCAGAUAGGAACAAACAAACUGAAAAGAACGCAAUAAUACAAGAACAUGAAGAAGAUAAAAGUGAUGAGAUUCUUGAACAAGUUGCUACAUGGGAAAUACCUGAUACAAUGGAACCAGCUUCUACAAUAGGACAAGAUGCCAACGAUACUGUCAGUGAAUUUAAAACUGAAUGUGAUACUGAACAAGUAGUGGCUGAUGUAAGUAUACUAGCUACCAAUGAGUUAAUAAGUGAAAUCAAAAGUGAAUUUGAUUCUGGACAACAAACGGCGGAUGCAAGUCAGGAUGAUAGUAAUAUUAGUAAUGAACCAGGUGAUUUGCCAAUAUUUCCUAGAGAACCGAAGACAGAACCUAAGGUCUCUAGCAUGGAUGAAGUAGAAUCACAAAGAGUUGAAAAGUCACCAAUAGCCAAUAGAUCACCCAAAAUUUCUUCAGGAAGGAAGUCACAAAACUUUAUUAAUACUCAGUCAGACACCGACAAUUGUGUUCAGACAUGUGCCAAAUCAGUCCCAGAUAAUGUUUCCUAUGCUUCUUCUGAUCCCCCUUUACCAGGAUCAUCAGGGUUGCAGUCUGCAGUUGAAGAUGUGGUAUGCAUGGACGAAAGCGAAGAUGCUGCGAGUGAUUUCAGUGGUUUCUCAGAAGAAGACUUACAAAAAACAGAGGCGGAGCUCUCAAUCCAUCUGGAGGCGGAACGACGUGUGGAUGUCGAACCAGACCCAGUUGACCUCUUAGAAGAUGACCUUAGUGAUCUUGGUGACAUUGACCUCUCAGGUGACCUUGGGUCAGAAAAUGAGGAUGAGGUGAAAGGUCAGAGUAGACCUACAUUAUCUGGCGAUGUAGAAGAAGGUGCUCGUCCUAAGAGAAUAAGUGCAGAAAAAAGGUUUGCUCAUUUAGGAGCAAUGUGGGAAUACAGUGGACAGAAACAGAAAGCACCAUCCAUAAAGCCAGUCCUGUGGAGAGAAUAUGUAGUUGACGUGAAUAAUCCCCAGAAACUGGUGUGUCAUGACAGCAAAGAUAUUGUUAAACUCAGCGAUGAAAAGGACUUCAUGUGUAAACAGUGCGGCAUGCCAUGCACCAAUCUUUCCAACCUGCGUCGACACGUGAUCAUCCAUCUAGGCUGGAAGAGAUUCCAGUGUAAAACCUGUCCCUUCAGCUGCUACGAUAAGUCUCGAUGCAUUCGUCACUUCAAAAUCACUCACAACAUGAAACUUACCAACAAGAACCUGUACGAGCAUGUCAAUGAUCUGAAAUUGGCGGCAAGUAAAUUACGCAGCUCGAAGCGAACAAGAGCCUUGCGUCAUUCAAGGCUAAAAGAGGCUUUAGACGGUCCGGACCCUUAUCAGAAACCGAAGCAUGUCAUCGGUAAGUCGCAUAGGCUGGAAACUGAGGCAGCGACGUUAGAUCAUGAUUAUCUGGCCUCUUUUCCACAGGCUGGCCGAGUCACGAGGCAUACUGAAGGCGGAAGUGAACAACCCAAGCCUAAGUCUCAGCCAGGAAGUACCACCCUUUUGAAUGUGGCCCGAAUGAACUUUGCCAGAGUAUUGAAAGGAAAGUAGCACAUUGUGUUGCUCACAUGUUGUGUUCAGCAUAAUUUUUCUGUCUAUCAUUCAUGAAUUUAAGAAGACUAUGUACUUUAAGCCAACAAUUCUAAGUAAGUUUACAGGAAUACAAUGACAUUAUGUCAGUGUACGAGACAGUUAAAACAAAUUUAGAAGCCAGAAGAAAAGUUAAGAAAGUCACUAGCAGACAGUGUGGUACAUAUAGGUUACUGAACAAAAACAUAAGUAAGUAUCUAUAUCUAAUUGAACUUAUUAAGAGCUUAUUUUAAAAACACAAUUUGUGAACAUACUUUAACAGAUAAUUAAUUUGUUACUGGGUUGUAUUUUCUUUAUGAUACCCCCAUUACUAUUGGUAAUGGGGGCUAUAUAGGAGUCACUUUGUCUGUCGGUCUGUCUGUCUGUCCCGAAAUUUCAUCCGAUCUUCACCAAACUUGGUCACAAGUUGUAUCUAGAUGAUGUAUAGGUAAAGUUUAAAUAUGGGUCAUGCCGUGUCAAAAACUAGGUCACAGGGUCACUUAGCGUGUUUUAAACUGAAAGUUUGUCCGGACCAUAACUGUCAUUUAUCGUUAGAUUUUAAAAUAACUUGGUUCAUUUGUUCACCAUCAUGGGAGGUGUGUCGGUGAAAAAAGUACAUCAACAUCUCAAAGGUCAAGGUCACACUUGGAGUUCAAAGGUCAAAUGCAUGUGCGGGCCAUAACUUUAUCAUUUAUUGUAAGAUUUAAAAAUCAUUUGGCAAAUUUGUUCACCAUCAUUGGACAGAUGUCACAUGAAAGAAUUACGUCGAUAUCUCCAAGGUCAAGGUCACACUUUGAGUUCAAAGAUCAAAAAUGGCCAUAAAUGAGCUUGUCCAGGCAAUAGCUAUGUCAUUCAUUGUGAGAUUUUAAAAUCAUGUGGCACAUUUGUUCAGAAUCAUUGGCCGGUAUGUCGCGCGCAAGAAUUACGUUGAUAUCUCCAAGGUCAAUGUCGAACUUUGAGUUCAAAGGUAAAAAAUGGCCAUAAAUGAGCUUGUUCGGGCCAUAACUAUGUCAUUCAUUGGGAGAUUUUAAAAUCAUUUGGCACAUUUGUAAACCAUUAUUGGAUGGUGUGCCGCGUGAAUGAAUUACGUCGAUAUCUCCAAGGUCAAGGUCACGCUGUGAGUUCAAAGUGAAAAUGGCCAUAAAUGAGCUUGUCCGGGCCAUAACUAUGUCAUUCAUUGUGAGAUUUUAAAAUGACUCUGUACAUUAAUUUUGUUCAGUCAUUGGACAGCGUGUCAUGCGAAAGAAUUCACAAGUUCAAAGGUCAAAAUGGCCAUAAAUAAUAAUGGCAUAAUAAUUCUUAAAAAUCACCAUUUAGAUUCUCUUGUUUUGUGGAGACAGCUUGCAAAAUAGUCUGUGUCAAUGCGGCAUGUGGGCAGUGUUUUUUUUCACCAUUUUGGGAAUGGGGCCGGGUCCCUUUGGAUUGGGAAAAUUCACGGCGUUUUGACUUACAUUGGGCAAUUAUUGUUGUUGUUGUUUUGCUCCCAAAUGCUUCAAAACUUAGGAUACAAGUGUGUCCAGUAUUAUAUUUACUAAGGUUGAUCUUUUAUGGAUGGGAGAUGAACAAAAUAUUGAUCUAAAAUAAAAAUAAAAAAAUUUUUUUUGGUUCCAUUGGGAAUUUUUUGCUCUCAUUUGGGAAAAAUAUAUACUUUAUUCCAUUGGGAAUGGGUCUGGUUACCGGACCUGAUUUUAAGUGAAAAAAAACACUGGUGGGGUUAUACGUCACGUCUGUGACAAAGCUUUAGUUAUUGUGUAAUAUUUAAAUACGUAAUGAAAACUUUAAAUGAAAUGCUUUGGAGUCUUAACAAAAUAAUUUGUUUGUGUUUAAUCCACAUUAAUUAUGUACAUUUUUAGGGUGGAUUUUUUUGUUUGUAUCUACAUUUUUCGCUCAUCUUAGCACAUGCUCCUGGUGACUUUGUUCUAAAACAUUUUGUCAGUCAUGCCUUGUCCCAUUGAUGUCUCACAGUUAUCUUGGUCAAAAACUUUGUCAAAAUUACAUCUCAACCAUGUUAGUUACUUGGAUAAAAAACACACUAGGGGUGGUAUUUCAAAAACACCUUAAGUUAAAUUUUAUUUUCAUCCUUAAAUUUUUAGCCGGAU